UCAACAAUGGAAGCAGGAAACCAAGAAACAAAUGCUGUUAUAUCUGAAAAAGUCAGGAAGUAUUGUCCAUCUAUCUGGUCUCUUAAUAUUCCUCCAAACAUAAAGACUUUCUGGUGGAGAAUGGCACAUGGGGGAAUAGCUGUGUUGGAUAAUCUUCGGAGGAGAGGAGUAAAAAUAGACAACACAUGUCCGGUUUGUGAAGAACAGAUGGAAACGCUAAACCAUGCGUUUUUUCAAUGCAGAGUAGCUAGGGAGGUUUGGGAGCUCAGCCCCACUUCUUUUACGGUCUUGGACCAGAGUAACAAUGGAGUUAUACAGAACAUCAAUGAAAUGAUUAGAUUGGUGCAGAGAGACCAAGAAGAUAUUCUAAAUUUGUUUGUGGGGUGGAGACUCUGGAAAAUGAGAAACAAGGUUAUUUUCAACAACAAAAAGGAUCAUAUCAUUCACAUGUUCAAUGGAGCUUUAAGAGAUAGUGGAGGGAGGCAAAUAAAAAUAUAGGGGAUGAAGAGCAAAACAGACAAAAUAAAAGUCUGAACAAGAUUUUGAUAAAAGAUAAGCUUCCUCCUAAUUCUAAAUACCACUGCCUAGUGGAUGCUUCAUGGAAGUCUUCUAGAGAGGAGAUGGGGUUUGGCUGGUCCUUACACAGAAGAGAAGGCACCCAAAUCAUGCAUGGAUCCUCAGCAGAAGCGCCUAUGAAUUCUAUUUUAGAGGCUGAAGCAAUAGCCCUCCUGAUGGCAACACAGCAAAUGGUCCAACUAAACUACUUUAAAGUUGCCUUCAUGGGAGAUUGUAAGAGUUUAUUUGAUGAGUUAAAUCAGUUCAAAUCUGAACAAACCAUCAGAAAUUUCCGUAGGCUGCCUUUGUGCUACAGGAUAUCCUUGAGAUCUCAAGAAAGAGAUUAGACUUUUCAUUACAUAUCUAGAGAUAAUCUUAAUGUUGUAGACUCCCUUGCUGAACAAGCUAGGGUACAUAAGAAAAACUAUGUUGUAUCUUGGAAGUUUUAAUGUUUUUAAUGAAAAUGUUGACAAAAAAAAAAAUUAUUAAUGAGGAUAUAUUUAGUAUCAUGAAUUGUUUAAAGAUCUACUCGUUUACUUGGACCAAGUCACAACAAGCCUAUUGUAGUUGACUUGACUAUAUGAAUCAACUCUCACCGUAUCGGUAUGAUCAGAUCGACCGCAGCAAUUAUCAACUUAAAAUUAGUUUGCUCAGAGAGAGGAAGUGAAGAAAGAGCGAGAAAUCUUCCAAAUGGAUUGCAUCUCAUCUCUAGUCGUGGGCUUAGCGCAGGCGUUGUGUGAAUCUAUGAAUAUGGCAGAGAGAAGAGCAGGACAUAAGACUGAUCUUAAGCAAGCCAUCAGUGAUCUCGAAACAGCCACAGGUGAACUGAAGGCCAUACGUGACGACCUGAAUCUACGCAUCCAACGAGACAAUCUAGAGGGUCGAAGCUGCACAAACCGUGCCAGAGAGUGGCUCAGUGCGGUGCAAGCAGCAGAGGUAAGAACAGAAUCAAUUCUAGCAAGGUUUAUGCGUCGGGAACAGAAGAAGAUGAUGCAGAGGAGAUGCCUUAGUUGCUUAGGUUGUGCUGAAUACAAACUGAGCAAGAAGGUUUUGGGGUCACUGAAGAGUAUCAAUGAGCUGAGACAACGCUCUGAAGAUAUACAAACAGAUGGCGGGUUGAUUCAAGAGACUUGUACGAAGAUACCUACCAAGUCCGUGGUUGGGAUUACAACAAUGAUGGAACAGGUGUGGGAACUUCUCAGUGAAGAAGAAGAAAGAGGAAUCAUUGGUGUUUAUGGACCUGGCGGGGUUGGGAAGACAACGUUAAUGCAGAGCAUUAACAACGAGCUGAUCACAAAAGGUCAUCAGUACGAUGUACUGAUAUGGGUUACAAUGUCCCGUGAAUUCGGAGAGUGUACAAUUCAGCGAGCUGUUGGAGCGCGGUUGGGUUUAUCUUGGGAUGAGAAGGAGACAGGGGAAGGUAGAGCUUUCAGGAUAUACAGAGCUUUGAAACAGAGACGGUUCUUGUUGUUGCUUGAUGAUGUCUGGGAAGAGAUAGACUUUGAGAAAACCGGUGUUCCUCGACCUGACAGGGAAAACAAAUGCAAGAUAAUGUUCACAACACGGUCUCUGGCAUUAUGCAGCAACAUUGGUGCGGAAUGCAAGCUGAGAGUGGAGUUUCUGGAGAAGCAACACGCGUGGGAGCUCUUCUGUGGUAAAGUUGGGAGAAGAGACCUCUUGGAGUCACCGUUGAUUCGCCGGCACGCUGAGAACAUAGUCACUAAAUGCGGUGGAUUGCCACUAGCGUUGAUCACUUUAGGAGGAGCCAUGGCUCACAGAGAGACUGAAGAGGAGUGGAUUCACGCCAAUGAAGUUCUGAAUAGGUUUCCAGCAGAGAUGAAGGGUAUGGACUAUGUAUUUGCCCUUUUAAAAUUCAGCUACGACAACCUCGAGAGCGAUCUGCUUCGAACUUGUUUCUUGUACUGCGCUUUAUUCCCAGAAGAUCACUCUAUUGAGAUCGAACAGCUUGUUGAGUACUGGGUCGGAGAAGGGUUUCUGAUCAGCUCCCAUGGCGUUAACACUAUAUACCAGGGAUAUUUUCUGGUUGGAGAUCUUAAAGCGGCGUGUUUGGUGGAAACCGGAGAUGAGAAGACGCAGGUGAAGAUGCAUAACGUCGUUAGAAGCUUUGCACUGUGGAUAGCAUCUGAACAGGGGACUUAUAAGGAGCUGAUCCUAGUAGAGCCAAGCAUGGGACUUACUGAAGCUCCCAAAACAGAAAGAUGGCGACAUACGUUGGUGAUUUCGUUGUUGGAUAACAGACUCCAGAUGUUGCCUGAAAAUCCCAUAUGCCCGAAUCUGACAACAUUGCUGCUCCAGCAGAACAGCUCUUUGAAGAAGAUUCCAGCAAACUUUUUCAUGUAUAUGCCUGUUCUCAGGGUCCUUGACUUGUCCUUCACAAGUAUCACUGAGAUCCCACUGUCUAUUAAGUAUUUGGUGGAGUUGUAUCAUCUAGCUCUGUCGGGAACAAAGAUAAGUGUGCUGCCUCAAGAGCUUAGGAAUCUUAGAAUGCUGAAGCAUCUAGACCUACAAAGAACGCAGUUUCUCCAGACAAUCCCACGAGAUGCCAUAUGUUGGCUAAGCAAGCUCGAGGUUCUGAACCUAUACUACAGUUACGCUGGUUGGGAACUGCAGAGCUAUGGAGAAGAUGAAGAAGAAGAACUUGGAUUUGCCGACCUGGAACACUUAGAAAACCUCACCACACUCGGUAUCACUGUUCUCUCACUGGAGAGCCUGAAAACACUCUACGAGUUUGACGUCUUGCAUAAAUGUAUACAGCAUCUGCACGUUGAAGAAUGCAAUGGUCUCCCCCACUUCGAUCUCUCAUCACUCUCAAACCACGGUGGGAACAUAAGAAGACUUAGCAUUAAAAGUUGCAAUGACUUGGAGUACCUGAUCACACCUACAGAUGUUGAUUGGCUUCCAAGUCUAGAGGUUCUGACGGUACACAGCCUCCACAAGUUAAGCAGAGUGUGGGGAAAUUCUGUAAGCCAAGAGAGUCUGCGGAACAUCCGUUGCAUCAACAUUUCACACUGCCACAAGCUAAAGAACGUCUCAUGGGCUCAGCAACUCCCAAAGCUAGAGACGAUUGACCUGUUCGACUGCAGAGAGCUAGAGGAACUGAUUAGUGACCAUGAGAGUCCAUCCAUUGAAGAUCUAGUAUUGUUCCCAGGCCUGAAGACUUUGUCAAUUAGGGAUCUACCAGAACUAAGCAGCAUCCUUCCAUCUCGAUUUUCUUUCCAGAAACUAGAAACUUUAGUCAUCAUAAAUUGCCCCAAAGUGAAGAAACUGCCAUUUCAGGAAAGGGUCCAGCCAAACUUGCCAGCAGUUUACUGUGAUGAGAAAUGGUGGGACGCACUGGAAAAAGAUCAACCAAUCACAGAGCUUUGUUGUUCACCACGCUUUGUUCCAAAUUGAUAUGAAAGCUAGGAGCAUUCUAUACAUAUAAACAUCUGUCAGUAAUGUACAUGAAAACAAAUGAAUGUUAAACUAUUUUGCAAAAGAAAUAUUAAGAGCUUGAGCAGCCUUU